AUGUCAGAAAUAAUUACAGAAAUCAAAGAAUUCUUUUCAAACAUAGAAACCCUAAUUAAAAAUCAUCUCGAUGAUAAUACUCAAAACCAAUCUGAUAUAAAACAAAGAUUUAAAAAGGGAAAAAGGUUAAUUGACGAACUAGAAGAAGAUGAUCAGAAGCAACAUGGGUUUUUUAGGUUCCAGUAUCACACCAUUUAUGCUAACUAUUUGAAGACAAUUGGUGAAAUAGACAAUGCUCAUGGCCAAGAAGUGUUUUCGAAAAAAUUUGAAGCAUUCAGGAACUUCCAUGAGAAAGAAGAUACCUAUAAAAAGGAAUCAGAACCUACAUUAGAAAACCUCAAUCAAUCAAUUAAUUUUGAAAAUAAUAUACAAGGGGAUGUAGAAAAAAAACUAAAUGAGCUUAGAGGCUUUUUAAGCGAAAAGUUUAUUGAAGAUAUCAAACAGGCUUUUAAAGUAUUUAACAUCAUUCCAAGAACCUUUGAAAACUACAAGUAUGUUGUUGCUUGCAAUGCUAGUUUACGUAAAUUAAUGGAUAAUUUAAUUAAUGAAGGGCUAAUGGAUCCGGAAAGUCCUCAAGAUUCAACAAAUAAAGAAAAUAAAAAGAAAAUGUUUUGUGCCUUGAAACCUUUAAAUGUAAUUGCUAGUGAAGCAGCCUAUGAAAAAAGAAUAAAUUUUAUUCAGCAUGUUUUAAAUUCUUCUAAUAAAAAAGAAAUUCUAUUUGACAAUGUGUUCACAGAAGAAAGGAUUAAUAAACAAUAUAAAGAACUUGCUUUGUAUUUCCAUCCUGAUAAAAUUAAUCAUCCAAAUAGUCCAAAUUAUUUACGCAAUGAACAUAAAAAUCUAUGUGAUGAGCUCUUUAAAAAUAUUCAAGAGAUUAAAGAGAGUUUAUUGAUUGAUCUGGAAGAUAUCUCAAAAAAUGAAGAUGUGCUAUCUUCUCAUGAAAAAAAAGCAAAUGAACUUUGGAGUAUUGCGAUUGAUUAUCGUAAUGCAUCUAAAGCACAAUGGAGUAAAUUGAAAUUGUUAAAGAAAGAUGAUAUCAAAGAUAUUCCUUCUGAAAAACUAAUAACAUUGUGUAUGAAUAACGGAAUAUUAGCCUACGAGAGAUAUCGGGCUGCUUGCAAGGUUGCAGAUAGAACUAAACAGCUAAGGAAACAAGUAAAAUUACGAAGUAAUAUGGCACUAUGUUUAUACAUCUCCAAUCGUUGUCUAGAAGCACAAUUAUAUGCUUUAUCAGCAAUUAAUUUAAUAGUUCGGAAUUCUCAGGAUGCCACACAACAGGAUUUGUUCAAUGCAAAAGGAGUAUUUGAUAAAGUUAAAGGUGACGGAGCUACUAAAAAUAACUCUACAUUAAACAAUGACAAUAAUAUUGAAAAGUCACUGGCUUUAACCAGAAAGGCAGACCAUGGAAUUUCAUACUCUCAGAAAACUGCAAUUAAGAAGUCAAUUAAUGAGGAUAUAGAUAAAAUAUGUACUGAAUUGAUACUCCAUGCAGAACGUAGUUUGGGACAACCUCGAGCUUAUAGUGAAGAUAUUUUGCAUGCAAAAAAGCAUAUUAUUGGAACAAUUGCAAUUGGAGGAAUAUUUGGUGGUCCACUUGGGUUGAUUGGGGGGUUAGCACUUGGAGUAGUAACUCUUGGUUUAGGGAUAUGGAGUGGUACAACAUUAUGGAAGAAAGGUGCUCUUCUUUUAGAAGAGCCAAUUAUUCGUGAAAAUCUCAAUAAGAUUAUGGUAAAGGCACUAAAAGCUUUUGAUAAGGGAGAUCACCAAAAAUUUCUUGAUACUCUUGCAGAAGAAUUUACAACAGGCAUCUAUCUUUUAAAGUUAAGAAGUCGUAGUGAUAGUAUUGACACUAAUAAAAUGAUAGAUACACUUAUAAAACAUGGCUUUAGACCAGAUGGUAUAGCUUAUCUAUUUAAUUUGAUUGGAGAGGUUUUAAAUAGUGGGAAGGUAAAAAUUGGAGAAAAAACAACAAUGGACUUAAAGGGACUUGCAAACCAUGUUUUAUUAGGGGUUAUAAAUGAAAAACUUGAAGCUGAGGCCAAAAGACUUGAUAAACGCAUUUGUGAAUUACGGAAACUUCAUAUAGGAAUUUAUAUUAGCGACACUUUUAGAGAAUAUCAUGGCAUAUCACAAGAACACUUGAAAGAUGCUGAAGAAAUGCCCUUUAAAUCAAGGCUGGAUGAAAUGCGUAAUAUUGCAAAGAUUAACCUUGCAAUUUCUGAUAUACUGAUUGCUGGAAAAGAAGAAAUUAGUCGAGCUAGAACAACUAUUGAGGAAGUUCGAAAUUCAAUAAAUGCUAAUUAUCAAUUUGUUGGUACUGUGGAAACACGUCUUGAAGUUUUGGAAGAUUUUUUAUGGGUUAUAAGUGGUGAGGAAUUGCCUGAUACAAAUAAAGUACCUCUAAUCACUUACCCACUAGAACCAGUUCAAGACAUGGAUAACAAUAAAUAUCUCUCCUAUCUGAAUGAAAAAUUACAGAAUGUAUCCUUGGAUCAAGAUAAAAAGGAUCUUUAUAUUAAAAUUGCAGCCUGCCAUGAGAAGUUAGCUGAAGAAGAGGGUACAAUUAACCAGUUACACAGCCUAUGUAAUUGGCAAAAAGCUCAAAAGAAUUAUGAGAAAGUACGUAAAAUAAAUAGUGCAGACAUAGUUGCUACUCUUGGUUUUGCAAGAUGUUUAUUAAAAUUAUCCAAAUAUAAACGGGUUAUUGAACUUUUAAAAAGUCCAUAUUUAGAUCUGUCAUUAGAAUACGAGUACUGGUACCUUUGCAGCAUUGCUUAUUCUAAGCAAAAUGAUUACAAAAAGGCAAAUGAGUGUAUUAUUGAAGCACUGAAACUAAAUCACCAAAACAAAUUGGUGAUUGAACAGAAAAAGCUCAUUGAAAAGCUAAGGAAAGAAAACACAAUAAAAAAUCGUAUUGAUCAUUAUCAAGAAAAAAAAACCAUAAAAUGCGAAGCAGAUUAUCUAAAAAAUUCUCGUGGUGACAAUAAAACUGUUUAUAGAAUACUCUCCAUUGAUGGAGGUGGCAUACGUGGAAUAUUACCUGCUUUAUGGCUCAGUGAACUAGAAUAUCGUGCCCAUAGACCCAUUUCUCAUCUAUUUAACAUGAUAUCUGGAACAUCCACAGGUGGGAUCAUUGCUGCUGGACUAUCAGCACCAUCCUGGCAUCAAGUCUCAACAGAAUUGACAGAACCAUCUGGAUACAAAUAUUCAGAGUUUGAACCAUUAUUCUCAGCUUCAUCUUUAUUGGAUUUUUAUCAGGAUAAAGCAAAAGGUUUAUUCACCUUGAAUAAUUCAUGGAACAUCUUCAAACCAAAUAUAACAAAAUAUAACAAUGAAGGUCGUCUUUCAAUGUUUAAAGAAUAUUUUGAUGGCAUUCAAUUAGAUCAUGCACUUACUCAAUUGGUUAUCCCUGCAACAAGCAAAGAAGGUAGCUUUACUUACUCGCAUUUAUUUACACACUUUGAUGCACUUAAGGAUGAAUCAAGAAAUGAUACUUUUGUUGAUGCUUUAAUGGCCACAACAGCCGCACCAUAUUUUUUUCCACCCUACAACAUAGAGGGUAAGGGUGUUUUUCUAGAUGGUGGGUUACAUCUUAAUAAUCCUGCAAUGGCAGCUUAUGGUGAAGCUAUUCGAUACAAUGUUGCCAGUGAAAAAAUUUUUAUGCUUUCUAUGGGCACUGGAAGCUGUAUUCCAGAUCCUUUCAACCCUGACCUAUGUUAUGGUGAACUUUUUUGGGCAGAUAAUCUCAAUAGCACAACGCUCUCUGCACAAGAAGGUGAUAUUAAUCAACAAUGGUAUACUAUUUUGGGAAAUAAAUAUCAGCGAUGGCAAGUUUGGUUUGAAGAACCAUUUAAAUUUGAUGAUAUCAAUAAUAUUUCAACCCUUUUAGAAAUAGGCAAUCAGCACAUAGAAGAACUUGAUGCUUCGGAUGAGAAUCCCUUGAACAAACUGGUAGAGUCUUUUGAGGAACAAGAAUCUAAUGAUUCAAAUGAUGACAACUAUAGAAAAAUUGAAUAA